CAAAAACGAUUUCCAAAAAAAAAAAAAAACUAGACUACAAAAACCUGAGAUGGAUUUGACUCCUCCGAGAACAAGACUAAAUUUUCUGCUUACCAUCUCAUUAUUGUUACUAUCAUGUCAUCAAGAUUGUAACAUUGAAGCACAAAAUUCAGACAAAGUAGUGAAUCUUCCCGAACAACCAACGAAUCCAAAGAUCUCUCACUUCUCAGGUUAUGUCAACGUGAAUCAAGAAAAUACACGAUCGCUCUUCUUCUGGUUCUUUGAAGCCUUGUCUGAAGCUCCAACAAGACCUCUAGUUCUCUGGCUCAAUGGAGGUCCUGGAUGUUCAUCUAUUGGAUACGGAGCAGCAUCUGAGUUAGGACCUUUUCGUGUGAUUGAAAAUGGGACAAGCCUUAGUUUCAAUCAAUACUCUUGGGUCCAAGAAGCAAAUAUGUUGUUUUUAGAAUCACCGGUUGGAGUAGGGUUUUCGUACACCAACACCUCUUCGGAUUUGGACAACCUCAACGACAGUUUCGUUGCGGAAGAUGCAUACAACUUCAUGGUUGCUUGGUUUGCAAGGUAUCCCCAAUAUAAGUCUCGUGAUUUCUUCAUCGCUGGUGAAAGCUAUGCCGGUCACUACGCACCUCAGCUAGCCGAGCAAAUAUACGAUCGAAACAAAGUUAAACCAAAGGAGUCUUUCAUUAAUCUCAAAGGCUUCAUUGUAGGCAAUCCAUUGACAGACGAUGACUACGAUAACAAAGGAAUUCUAGAAUACGCAUGGAGCCAUGCAGUCAUCUCCGACAAUCUCUACGACACCGCAAAACGUAACUGUGACUUCAAGUCAUCGAAUUGGUCGGAACCAUGCAACGUCGCCAUGAACACAAUGUUCCAAAAAUACAAAGAGAUUGAUAUUUAUAAUAUAUAUGCUCCCAAGUGCACAACCAAUAACUCAUCAGCAGCUUCCUUCUUAGGAGUUUUUGAUAAGUCUCCAGCGAAGAAAGACUGGUUCAAGCGAGUGAGAUGGUUUGAAGGUUACGAUCCUUGUUACUCUGAUUAUGCUGAAAAAUAUUUCAACAGACUCGAUGUUCGAACGUCUCUUCAUGCCACUACACGAGAUGUAUCAAGGUGGAAGGUUUGCAAUGAUUCGAUAUUGCAAACAUACCAAUUCACGGUCUCCUCGAUGUUGCCUACCUAUAGUAAGCUUAUCAAAGCUGGUCUCAAAAUAUGGGUUUAUAGUGGAGACGCCGACGGGAGAGUGCCGGUGAUCGGAAGUCGGUAUUGUGUUGAAGCUUUGGGUCUUCCCGUCAAAUCUGAAUGGCGCUCUUGGUUCCACAAUCAUCAGGUUGGAGGGAGGAUAACGGAGUACGAGGGAGGGUUAACGUUUGUAACGGUGAGAGGAGCAGGACACUUGGUUCCUCUCAAUAAGCCUGAAGAAGCUCUCGCGCUUUUUAGUUCCUUUCUUAAUGGUCAAGAACUUCCAUCACGCCCCUAGAUACUCUCUCUUGUUUCUUGUUUCUGUGUUAUUACUGAUAAUAAAAUAAAACAUGGAUGACUAAUAAAUCCAACCACAUGUAACAUAUAUUACUGUUCUAAUCCAACUAUCUUAUGAUAAUAAUAAUGAGUUUGGACUUGCA